GUGCAAUCUGUCAGAAGUUGCUGCGUGUCGCUCACGUGUAGUGACCAAGCCGUGAACAUAUUUUUCUAUUUAUUCCGGAUAUUUAUUAAUUUAUUGAUAGAAAUGAUUGUAUUAACAAACGAGGGAAAUCCAAACACUUUGAAGCUGAUCAUAGCAGCUAAGCUGGGUCAACAAUCAGUUACAGUAAAAACGGUAACUCCGAAAGAUACUGCUUUGGGACGCUUACCAAUACUAAACUUGCCAUCAGGGGUAAGCUUAUUUAGUACUAGCGCUGCGGUACAACUUUUAGUACCAUCGACUGAAGAAUUUAGUAUUCUUGCUAAUAGAUGGUUAGAGUGGGACAUCUCUCAAUUACAGCCUGCCAUAGUAGCAUACGGUGGGACUGGAAUUUUAGAUACUUCACAUAAGCCUCGAAUAUCGUCCCUUUUAAAGGAACUGAAUAUAGUUUUGAAGGCUACAAAGUACUUAAUUAAGAAUAAGGACGAUCUAACCGUAGCUGAUAUAUCCGUUUGGGUUACAUUGUGGUCCACUUUAUCAGUGCUUGAAGUUAGUAAGGAACUAUUUAAAGAAUUCCCUUAUGUGGAUAAAUGGAUAAAGAGUAUUGAAAAUUUACCCAUUGUUCGUGAGUCAAUACAGGAAUAUAAAUUAGAAAGAGGGUUGAAAGCCAUGGCUGCGAUUCAAGCUGUGUCCUGGUUCCCCGUCAAUUCGUACUCAGUUGUGAGUUCUCCCAAAUCGAGUCCUAAUAAUAUUGAUGCAAAUAAAGAGAAGGAAAUUGAUUCGGUCAGUCAAGAUGAAAUUAGUACAGUGAAAAAUAAUUGGAUGACGCAAUCUUACCCAGAAGUUAACAAAGCAUCAUACCCUGUAUUACCUAAGAAAGGUGAAAAGAAUGUUUUAAUAACUUCUGCACUUCCUUAUGUCAACAAUGUUCCACAUUUGGGAAAUAUCAUUGGUUGUGUGCUUUCAGCAGACAUUUUUGCAAGAUACUGCCGACAAAGAAACUAUAAUACCUUAUAUAUCAGUGGCACUGAUGAAUAUGGCACAGCAACCGAAGCCAAAGCUCUUGAAGAGAAAAUGACGCCACAAGAAAUCUGCGAUAAAUACUUUAGUAUACAUAAUGAUGUGUAUAGAUGGUUUGGAAUAGGGUUCGACUAUUUCGGUCGAACAACAACCACGGAACAAACUGAAAUCGUUCAGUCGUUCUUCCUCAGAAUAAAGUCACAAGGCUACAUCAUCACAGAGUCUGUUGAUCAGCUUCUGUGUGAAUCUUGUCAGCGAUUCUUAGCAGAUAGAUUUGUCGAAGGAACUUGUCCAGGAUGCAAGUACGAAGAUGCUCGUGGUGACCAAUGUGAUGGGUGUGGUCACCUCGUCAAUGCAACCGAACUGAUAAAUCCUCGAUGUAAAGUUUGCAACAGCAGUCCAAUCGUUAAACCCUCUACACAGUUUUUCCUCGAUCUGCCAAGAUUAGAGGAAAAAUUGAAGGAGUGGGCAGUUACCGUUGAAAACGAGUGGUCCACUGUUGCAAGGGUGGUCGCUAAACCUUGGUUACGCGAUGGACUGAAACCUCGUUGUAUAACUAGAGACUUGAAAUGGGGCAUUCCGGUCCCUGUAGAAGGUUUUAGAGACAAAGUCUUCUACGUCUGGUUCGAUGCUCCUCUUGGUUACAUUAGUAUUACAAAGAGGUACACUAAAGAGUACGAGCAAUGGUGGAAGCCUCAAGCCUCGGAAGUUAGUCUUUAUCAAUUCAUGGCUAAGGAUAACGUUCCAUUUCACGCCAUCAUGUUUCCUGCCGCAUUACUUGCAGCUGAUCAAGGGCACACCCUAGUUAGACACAUCAUGGCCAUUGAAUAUCUCAAUUACGAGGAUACGAAGUUCUCGAAAUCAAGAGGGAUCGGUGUGUUCGGAACGGAUGCCCGAGACACCGGAAUUCCGGCUGACGUUUGGAGAUUCUACCUCGCUUAUAUCCGGCCCGAGAAUCAGGAUUCGAAUUUCAAUUGGGUGGACUUGGCCACGAAGAAUAACAGCGAGUUGUUAAAUAACCUGGGCAACUUCGUUAACAGAGCCCUGACAUUUGUGGAAAAGAACUUCGCUUCCAAAGUUCCACCCAUGGAGCUCCAAGAAGACGAUCUAACUGUAUUGGCCUUGGCUCAGCGCGAGCUGACUCUUUACAUUAUCGCCCUGGAACAGGCUAAGCUAAGGGACGGUAUCAAACACAUGUUGGCCAUUUCGAAGCACGGAAAUCAGUACAUGCAAUCGCAAGAACCCUGGGCUAAGAUUAAGGGUACAGACGAUGAUAAGAAAAAAGCGGGAACGGUAGUUGGUAUUUGUUGUAACUUGGCAUGUCUACUUUCUGCACUGUUGGCUCCUUACAUGCCGAAUACGGCGCGUAAGCUGAGGUCUCAACUGGGAUUGUCAUCCGAGGAUUAUGGUUUCAUCCCUGAGUCGAUCGCGACCAUGCUGCCUGCUGGCCAUCUAAUCGGCAAACCUUCUCCGCUCUUCUCGAAAAUCGAGGAUCAGAAGAUCGAGGAACUUAGACGAAAGUACGGGGAAAAUCAGGAGGCCUCGACGCAGGGGAACUCCCACGAGAAUGGAGCUGUAUACAAAGAUGUAGCAUCGUUGGAGGCUGCCAUUACCAAGCAGGGUCAACUAGUCAGGGAAUUGAAGUCCAAACAGGAGAAGAGCGUCUGGCAACCGCAGGUAGACGUUCUGUUGCAGCUGAAGAAACAAUUGGCCGAGAUGAAGAGCAAUGCCGGCAAAACCGAGGCUGGUCGGUCAGUAAAUGACAAAGGCCAGUCUGCCGUUACGCCCCAACAGAAUGGGACCGCUGCAGACAUUGCUGCGUUAGAGGAAACUGUCGCAAAACAAGGAAAUCUCGUUCGCGAACUGAAGGCCAAAGGGGAUAAGAGCGUCUGGCAACCGCAGGUGGACAUUCUGUUGAAAUUCAAGAAACAGUUGGCUGAUCUCACGGGCACGGUGUCAUCAAUUUCCGCCGACAAGAAGUCAAAGAAGAAGAAAUAAUUCAUACACGCUACCCAUGGUUGAAUCGAAAACCAGUUAGAUAUUCGCGAUCGGAGGAAUAACGCAUGCCCUGUAAAUUAUAAUCCGAUCGUUUAAUUUGCACCUUUACUGUCGCUACAUCAUCGAAGCCGUUUACGGCACUGUAAGAUCUAUCGUCGGUAAACGGGCCUCGGAGGUGCGAGGCUUCGGGAGGGUCAUAUUCUGCUGUUUUUUUUUUUUUUUUUUUUCCUACGUCUAAUAGGAUCCAUAAAAGUAUCAUCGCAUAAAUUAAGGUAACUUGUAAAUGACUAGCAAAAAGGUUACAUCACGAGCACAUAGACAGAGCCGCACAUUCGAGGACGGCGUCCCGGCGACUUCACUCGGCAAAUGGCGGCGCGUCGUUAGUCGUCAAGUAGAAUUUACCCCGCAGUCUGAAAGAUAAAAUGGAAAACGAGCACGUGAUCAUGUUUACUGGCGUCCAAAUAAUAUUACCAUUAAUUAUAUACUUUCUGUUUAUACGGUUAAAUAUAAUUUAUUGUGUAUGUAUUA